UGAGUCACGGCUGCCUCGCCCGGGCGCUGCGCUCCCAUAGGUGAGGACCGAGGCUCCUCUCUCGGGGAGAACGCGGCGCUGCGCCUCCGCACUGGCCUUGGCGGGGUGCUGGAGCCCUGCGUCUGCCCGGUCCGGUCUCCGGGGCCGGGGCUGUGCUUCCCCAUGUAUGGCCAGAGCCCUCCGCGCGCGGCGCUGCUGCUCCUUGGCUUCCAGCUCGCAGCUCUCUGGCCCAUAGCAGCUGUGGAAAUUUACACCUCUGGGGCGCUGGAGGCUGUUAAUGGGACCGACGUGCGGCUAAAAUGCACUUUUUCCAGCUUUGCCCCCGUGGGCGAUGCACUAACAGUGACUUGGAAUUUCCGGCCUCGGGAUGGGGGCCCUGAACAGUUCGUGUUCUACUACCAUAUGGAUCCCUUCAAGCCCAUGAGUGGGCGGUUCAAAGACCGGGUGGUCUGGGACGGGAACCUGGACCGGUAUGAUGUCUCCAUUAUCCUCUGGAAGCUCCAGUUCGAUGACAAUGGGACGUACACCUGUCAGGUGAAAAACCCCCCGGAUGUGGAUGGGCUGAUAGGGGCGAUCCGGCUCAGCGUUGUGCAGACUGUACAGUUCUCUGAGAUCUACUUCUUGGCUCUGGCCAUUGGCUCUGCCUGUGCCUUGAUGGUCAUCAUUGUGAUUGUGGUGGUCGUCGUCCAGCAUUUCCGGAAGAAGCGGUGGGCUGAAAGAGCCCACAGAGUGAUGGAGAUAAAACCAAGUGAAGAGGAAAGGCUCAACCAAGAAAAAAAGAUUUCUGUUUCUUUAGAAGACACACACUAACAUCACUAGAUGGUCAGGAAGCUGAAGAUUUCCAAGAACAAGAACUUUAGUAUUUCUUGAAGUUCAUGGAAACUGUUCUUUGGUGUUUCCAGUUGUGACCUGUCUUCUGACAAACUCUGCAGAACAUACCCACCGAGAUGAACAACAUCCCUCUGCAGGCAGCCUAGUGCUCUUGAGCAGAUGCCAGCAGACUCACACACAGUCUCAUUACUGAGGUUUUUAUUUAAUUUCACACUACAAAUAUUUUUCAAAUCCUCACUAGCUUUGAUAAGCUUGAAGCUACAUUUUUGCCCAUGUACACUCCCUAUAGAGUAUGACUUGUAUGUACAUAUAUUGGCAACAAAAGGGAUAAAGGCGAAUUUGUCUGUCAUGACAUUUCCUUUCACACAUUCAUUCCUUUAGAGCAUCACUUUUGCUACUGAAGUUAAUGUUUACUUUUUCUCCUUCUCACAUUUCCAUUAAAGGGUGAGUUGAACCUCCCAGCCAUUUUUAGACGAACAGGAAAUUCCAAGGAUAAACUGUUACGUGUGUUUUUUUAUGGCUCUCCUUAAGUAUGGGACACACCUUAUUUUAUUGAAGUUUUUCAGUAUCCCAGGUGAUAGGGUUUUUUGUUUUUGUUUUGUCAGUUAAUCCAAGAUUUAAAAUAGCCCAAGUCCAAAUCACACAGUAACUGCAAAAGGUUACAUGGACACUAACAUAUUGGCAAAUGCCACCUCAGGAUGUAUCACUUGUCAUUUUUUCUCUUUAUUGUGAAAAAUAAUUAACAGUGUAGGUCUUUCCUGAGCUGUUACUGUACAGUUUUCUGCCCUGCCUGUCCAUUGGAUCAUCUUUAACAGCUGAGCAAAACCUAUGCUCAUUUGCAGACUGGAAUUAGUAAGCCGUUUAAUAGAAGUGUUCUGAAAAGAGUAUCUAACAACUUUAAAAACUUAGGUCUGGUGAAAAAAGACCAAUUCUUUUUUUUUUUUUUUGGUUUUUCUCCGGUACCGGGAACCGAACUCACGACUUUGUGCUUGCCAGGCAGGCACUUUGCCACUGAGCUAAAUCCCCAGCCCCUAAAAGACCAAUUCUAAAUGAUAAUUUUUGUACAGUAUUAUAUACAAAGCUCUGAGAACUGGAAGAGAUUAUUUAAAGUUUUUUCCUUUUCUUUGUUUUUUGAUUGUAAUUCACUUGCUUAAGGGAGAGAGAAUUUGGUACAGAACAAAGAAAUACCCAAACUACUUCAACUGAAUGAAACUAUUCCUUUUCCCCCUUAUAUUGGUUAGAUACACUUUGUAAGUGGGCUAUGGAAAGAACAACUUUUACAAAAGUGUCCAGUUAUCCAGUAUCUUUCCAGACUUACUCAUCUGUUCAAAGGAUAGAAAACAUCUUUAAGUUUAGGUCAAAGACAAAAUCUUUAACCUGAUACUUUCAUUUUUCAUUGACUAAGCUGCUGAUAGCAUUUUAUUUUUAACAAAUUGGAAUUUUCAAAUAGAUUAUAUUUAAAGAUGUUGGAUGUUGAUAUUUUUUCCCAAUAUUAUUUCUUUAAUUGCUUCUUGGCCUUUUGGCUAAGAUCAAGUAUAUUUCUUUAAAAUUAGUACAAUUUACAUAUGAACCUUGAUUCUGAAAUUCAUUCUAUACAUAUCUCAUUCUGCCUUUUAAAAAGUAAACUCUCAGUACCCAGUUUUGAAACUAAAAAUCAGAUUUGAAAUCUAUAUCAUCUUUAACCCACAUUUUACAUUUUUCUUUGUAAUUUAACCCUUGAAAAUACAACUGGAUAUUUCUUCAAACAGGUUUCUUGAUGAUGUUCUGUAAGUGAAACAAAGUAAUAGUUAAAAA